CUGGAACUGAAGGGCCGGAACCAAAAAAUUCCGGAACUUCCGGCCUACCGGAACCUGAACUUGGCGAAACACUAGUACCCACUAUACCUUGAUUUCUUGAAUUAACUCUAGUUUCAUCGCAAAUCUCUAUAUUUAUUAAUUACCACAUUUUCAAUUUAGAAGACAGAAACUCCAGUUAUAUUAAAUUGCCCAACAUUCCAAAAACUAUAGAAGAAAUGGUUAUUAUUCGAUUUUGGUUAAAACAACUCUUUAAAUGUGCUUUUGAAGAUGUUAAGUUUAUACAUGUUAUAUUUAAUCCAGAAAUGAUUAAUUUAUUAUUUGAUAACGACAAAACAAAUCUUAAACAAUUUUACGUUCAAAAUUUCAAUCUAUAUCAUAGCAAUCAUAUAAAGGAAAAUAUUUUUAAAUUUGUUUUAAACCGAUUUGCAAUUUCUUGGUUAUUUGUCAAGUUUGUUUUUGUUGAAAGUGAUUUCAGCAAGAACAACAUUGCAGAACGACAAACUGAUAUCUUAUUCAAUAUUAUAAUAAAUGAAGGCGAUAAAUUACCUAAAGUUGGUCUUGGUUGUUUCAAGUCUUCAAGAAUUUAUGAUCUUAUUGUUAAAUAUAUAACAACGUCUAAAGAUUUCUCUAAAAUGGUGCCUUCUAUUCAGAUAUUUUUUGAUCCACGUGAAAAUUUUAAAUUACCUGAAUUACCUGAGAGAGCAAAAAAUGUUAAAACUAGUGAGCGAUAUAAAUAUACAAGAUACCAAAUUGUUAAUAUUUAUAAUCCAAAAGUGAAAUUUUUAUUUUCAAAUCAGAAAUUUGAAACAAUAUUUUAUGUUUAUAUCGAAAAGAUGGAAGAGUAG